GACUGACAAUCCAAACUGUGAACGCUGAGCUUUUGGGAAUUCAAAAUGUAAACUCGUUUUUCAGUUUGCUGUUAACUGAUUGGAGUAUAAAACAAACUGUAGCUGAAGAAACAAUAUUUAACUAUUUUACAGAAAUUGGUGAUUCAGCAAUUAACGUUAAAGUAUUUUUGACGACGGUUUAAUAUUGAACUUGGAAAAAUGGUUACUAAAGAGGUGAUUGAUAAGUACUUUGAUUUUAUUUACCCAUUGGCUGUUCGUGCUGGAGAGAUCUUGCUUGAAGGUUACUAUAAGACUACAAUACCUGUUGAAAUUAAGACGGACUUCUAUGAUGUUGUCACAGAAUAUGACAACAAAAUCGAAGAAUAUUUAAUGGAGCAAAUACUGGCGACUUACCCAGACCACAAAUUCAUAGGUGAAGAAGACACAGCUAAGAACGAUAAUAUAACUAAGGAUCUUACCGACGCGCCAACUUGGAUAAUAGAUCCAAUAGACGGUACAGCUAAUUUUAUUAAGCAAAUACCACAUGUAAGCGUUUCAAUUGGUUUGUCAAUCAAUAAAGAAAUUGUUUUGGGAAUUGCGAAUAAUCCGGUACAGGCAAAGAUGUACACAGUGAAAUUGGGACAAGGUGCGUUUUGCAAUGGAAUUCCAAUUAAAGUCAGCCAAUGUGAAAAGAUGAAUGAUGCUAAUGUUGGAUAUGAAGUAUCUUUAUUGCAUGCACCAAGCAUUCGAGAUAAGCACAUAAAACGCAUAUACCACAUUGGAAUACAUGCAAGACGAGUACUGUCAUAUUCUUGUGUUGUUGACUCACUUUGCAUGGUGGCUGCUGGUAAUUUAGAUGCAUUUCAUAUUGAGGAUAUGUAUCCAUGGGAUUGUGCUGCAGGUUAUCUACUUAUCUGCGAAGCUGGAGGUGUUGUUACACAUCCCUAUGGAGGUAAAUUCGAUAUUGAGAAACCUGAUCUAAUAUGUGCUGGUACGGAAAAUUUACGCAUAGAAAUGGAGCAAUUAAUACGUAAAGCAGAUAAAGAAAAAUCUGUUGGAGGCAAUUAAAAUUAAUGCAAAUAAUACUAAAUUUUGAUAAUGCAAUCUCAACAAUUAAAAAUUCUUUAUCUUACAAAUGAAUCUGUACUUAUUUCUUAAAGAACAUAUAAUUAAAAUACAAAUAUAUAUAUGAUACGUAACUGAAUUUAAUAUAAGUGAUUAA